AUGGUCUCAGCUCUCAUCGUAAAGCUCGCGCUCGCCGCACUGGCGGUGCAGCCAGCAUUGACAGCGCGCAAAAACAUCAUCAUUGACACCGACAUCUUCAGUGACUGCGAUGAUACCGGCGCGUUGCUCCUCGCCGCAACCUCGCCCAAUGUGAACCUCCUCGGCGUCAACGUCAACUACCCGUCAACCUACUCCGUCACCGCGACAUCAGCCAUCCUCGCCCACUACGGCCUCGCAGACGUCCCCAUCGGCACGCGCAGGCCAUUGACGGACGAGAGCUUCUUCGACACCUUUGCCUACGAUCUGGGCGAGUACGCAAGCAAGAUCUCGUACCACUACUCGGGCGGCUCGCUCCCCUUUGGCCAGGCGGAGAACGCCUCCGACGCAGUCACGCUUUACCGCAAAAUCCUCGCCACGGCAGACGAGCCCGUGACCAUUGUCUCCAUCGGCUUCUUUGAGAAUCUUUCCGCACUCCUCAACUCCACCGCCGACGCGGUUUCCAACCUCACGGGACCCGCGCUGAUUGCAAGCAAGGUCUCGGAGCUGGUCGUCAUGGGCGGCGGGUACCCGUCCGGCCGGGAAUUCAACUUCUUUGGCGACAACCCGUCGCACACGGCGCACGUCGUGAACAACUGGAAGGGCCGCGUCGUCUUUUGCGGGACCGAGGUUGGCUCGGUUGUGCUCUCGGGAGCUAGGCUGCUCGCCGAGGGCCCGGUCUCGGAUCCGGUCCGGCAGGCUUACAUUUACUACAACUUUUACCAGCCUCGGGAGUCGUGGGAUCCCUUGACGGUCCUGUAUGCUAUGCACGGUCUCGGGGACAUCUUUGAGUACGGAAACACGUACGGCAGGAACUUUGUCUUUGCCAACGGCUCGAAUGAGUGGGUUUAUGAUAAGAAUGUCACAAAUCAGCACUGGUUGAACCUCAAGGUGGACAACGUCACGGCGGCUGCUGCGCUCGACAAGCUUUACCUCGAGGGAGCGUGGUCGGUGGUGAAUGGGACGUCGGCAUAG